AUGUCAAAGUCCCUCCGACUUCUCCACUACGAGAUUACAUCAGAGGAGGCGACAAACGGGCUUCUUCCUGUCGCGGGAUCAUACUACACCUAUCUCAUUUCAUCCCUAAUGUCCCGCGCCCUACCUGCAUUACGGGAUCUAUACGUCCGAGAUGCACAGUUCCCCGAUACCCUUCUCCUCGCGCCACCACCAAGACUAUUCGGAGGUGGUGAGAAUGGCCCACAAUUUGCGGGCGGUGGUCUAACACAGCCACUCAAUGUCUACAGCAAAGGCCUGGACGAGCUUGAGUGGAACUUUACACCGUACGACCCCGAUCCCGCACUGGGACGCAGUGGUGUAAGGACACGACCGGUGAGCUUCCAAGAAGCACAGCUAAGUCGAUCUUGGGGUGGCGAUGCUCGGAAGAGUGUGCUUGUAGGCAACGGUUUUGGCGGGUUCCUGGCUGUUCCUGCAGAGGAUGGGGAACGUCCACAGAGCAGCAGUGGCUACAAACGGUCGAGUCGACAAGAUCUGUGGCGAUAA